AUGGAUGCUUCGGCAUCCAACAAAACGAAUCCCGAAAAUAAUUUAUACGAUCUUUAUUUGAAAAUUGAAAAUCCCAUCUACUCGGCUCGUGUUCCGUAUAAUAAACCUGUAGUGAAAUAUACGCGACUACCAGACAUCGAUCUCAAUACUAAAGCAUCAUGGUCACCACAAUAUAUAUCAUUGGAACCAAGGUUGCGUCGUAUCAUUACCAUUGAAGAGCCAAAAGAAACCACACAUAGAUCAUUGAGAUCCAAUGUUGCUGCACCAGGUGUAAUGACAUCCAAAGUAUGCAAGAGAAAAAUAGUAACCAUAGAAGAAGAAAGUGAAACAAAUGUCUAUCCAAAAUUUUUACCUAGUAGCCGUCGAAGUGUCUCUAAAGCGGUAAAUAGAGCUACAGAAGUUGAAUUGGAGGAAACAACAAAGAGUGCUCAAAAUAUAACUAGACUAUCAUAUGUUAAAAAAUAUUCCAAGGAUACAAAGUGUAGUGUUAAAUAUAAUAUGACCAAUAAUAAAAAAGAAACCACACCCAAAUUUGAAAACAAAUAUAAGUAUUCAAGAGGGGAUAAUUCAGGGCAAAACACUGCAAAAUACAAAGAAUUCAAUGACAAUGAAUCAACAAAAAGUGCUAAAAGUAUAAAAAGUGCUGGAUCAUCACCUAAAUUUAGCUUAAGUAAAAAGUUAUUAAACCCAAAAGAAAAUGAAAAGGAGUGUUAUCCCAAGAAAAACAAAUUAAAAGAAUAUAUAAACAUUAAGGCACCACCAAAAACUGUCUUGGACAAGACAAAAAGAACUAAAUCUCCACCUAAUUUUAAUCGUAACAAAAUGUCGCUUAUCAAAGAUAUUAAAGACAAGGUUAGACCAGUUUCUGUAAUACAUGUGCCACUCGAUGAUCAUUUUCGCAAAUGUGAUAUUGGAACUGAGGCUUCAGAGGUCAUCAUGAAUCAAGCUGUACAUUCUAUUGAUAAAGUCACUAGAGCGGUUCAAGCCGUUCCAGAUGUGACGUUUAAAGAUGUAGAAAUUUCAACAAAUUUUACACCAGAGAAAGUCAAUCAAAUGACAUCAGUUGAUGAAAUGAUAAGCAAAUUAGGUAGUGAAUGUAAGGAUAUCAAAGAUACUUACGAUAGUCUUGAAAUACCAAAUGUAAGCUUAAUUAAUAGUAAAACUGACUCGUCCAAAGAUCUAGACAGUGAAAAGAAAAUCAAUAAUAUAAUGAACAGUUGUGUAAAAGAAGAAAAAGAACAAGAUAGUGAUAUUGAUAGAAUGCCUAAUAUUGAUGUUGCUUCUUCGAAUGCUAGCGAUAAAGAUACUGUAUACCAUAAAAGUACAUCAUACAUCAUUGGCCGAGCUACCUUAACUUAUACAACAAGACAAAAAAUAAAUUUUCAUCUAGUAGAAAAUAACGAAGUUUUGCACUCUAGGAUCUCACCACGUUCUUUAAAUUACCCUUUGAACGUUGUUUCCGUACUGAAAAAGGAAAUAUCGAAUCAGAAAUAUAAUAACGAUGAGAAACUAAACUACAAUAGCCAAGAUAGUAAAUCUGGCGAUGAAACAGAAAAUCGUCUUACACCUAUUAACCGUUCUUAUGCUCUAAAAAGUGAGAAAUUGGUAAAACCAUCAGAUAUAAUUAGUACAAUAAAACUUAAUAACAAUUUGUUGCAUAGAGAUCUCUGUGGGCAGUUUCAACGAGAGCUUAAUUUCAUCGAUUCAUUUUUCGAGUCUCUUCAAUAUUUAGAUAGCUGUUCGUUAUCUGAUAGAAGUAUAACUGAAAAAAAGGUCGAAAACUGGAUUAGUGGUGGUGCCAAUGAAGUAAAGAACUUUGAAUUCGGAUCAUUUUUAUCGCAAUUCGAAAAUGAAUUUAAUAUUGACAACCCUAAAACAAUGGCGUCGGAGAGUCUUUGUCUGCUAAAUUUUCUCAUUCAAAAUGAGCAAAUUAAAGCAGAAUAUCUGUUGGAUGCUUUGAAAAUGCGAGAAGACGCUUUGAAACAUUUUACGAAGUCGCAAAUUUUAUGGUUGGAGGAUAAGAAAAAACAUGAUCACACCGACAUACCGACACUGAAGAAGAAACAAAGAGGUGCAAUCAUAAAACUUCAACACGAAUGUGGUGAAAUGCAGCGUAUGAGAAAGGCUCUGUUGGCAUUGUCGGAACAACGUAAACUGGCGUUGAAGAAAACAAAGAAGAACAUAGAACUUAAAUUAAGGAAUAGCUCUGAUGUUGAACAAAUUAUAUUGGGAAAAAAGAAAUUAAGACGUAAUGUAUCUACAGAUCGCAACAAUGCACCUCUUAAAUGUUUUGAAUUGUCUAGCAGCGGCUGCGAUGAUAGCACUACGUCGAGGCCCAAGUCAAACGCAUCCAUUGUACUGAACGAUUUAAAGGCAGUUACAAGCGCCGAAAAGUGCGUUCAAACAGGUGAAAGCCUCCCACUUACAUCAGACCAAUCAACGAACACCUUCGACGAGAAUUAUGUAGUUGUUGAUGGUAGCUACUUAAACAUCGUUUUCCAAAAUUUAUCACCUCAAAUCUUCAGCGCCGGUAAACAGUACGAAGUGAACAAGGACGCCCUGAAGAAUCUAGUCGAUAAAAGCAAUAUGCACAAUAUUAAUCAAAACAACGAAGUGGCGCUUGAAGAGUUUAUGGAUCAUAUAAAGAAUCACGAGUUGGAAUCGAGUUCACCGUCCACCGCUAGAAGUUUGGUGGAUGAAUUCGACCAGAUUUACAAGACCUAUUCCGAUGACGAUAACUCAUAUGAAGUCGGUCGUGCUCUUGUGGAUGACAUCAAAGAGGUUCAAGUCACACCUGAAGCUGGAAACAUCAAAAAUGAUGUUAAGACAUCGGCUGUUCCGAGUGGGGGAGUUGAUCGUUCAGUGUCCGUUGACGAAUGCUGUAGUUGCGAGCCAUUAGUAGCUAGUGUUGGGAUUCAGGUGUCCAAAGGCAAGGAAGUGACUCAGUCUAGUGUGACGGGACCAUUACCUGUACCAGCUGGUGCUGCUUCCACUGAUGAUGUAUCAUCUGAAGUAGCCACGUGGUUGACCCAGAGAUCGUCGGUGAAGUCCACCGGUGUGAGCAGUUCGAGUAGUCAAUCUCAUAAUCCUAGCAUUUCGUCUUUAUCAUCACCAGUUCAGUACGAGGCUGAAGAAUUACGUCGUCAACAACUAGCCAUUGAACGAGAGAUUAAAGCAUUAGAACAACAACAGUGUCAAUUGUUGGCGUUGCGUGAGAUACCGGACAAACCCCCACCGCCGUACACGCCACCAACAGAACCACGACCUUUGAAAUCUCUUAACAAGUUCAUAGCUGAUGACAUCAAUGAACAGAAAAUACACAAGUUGCUUUUCAAUCCUGGCAAGCAACUCAGCGAAACAGAUGUAUUUGAAGUAUUUGUCAAAGACUUUUGCCAAGAGUCCAUUGAAAGGCAGAAGUUGGAUAGAAACGACAAAUAUUGGGACACAUGCAAUAUGAUACCGGUUAAACCUAAGCCGGAUAAAGAGAAAUUGGUCAAAAAAGCUGCGGCGGAUUUAAAAGAAGUCUUGUCAGGUGUACCACCUACCGUUGUUUCAGGCGUAGGAGCGAGGAGGUCAGACCACAUAGAUGAUAUAUUGUUUGCCGAGUGGCGACGUUGUGAACCAGAGUGGACUUCGUUGCACGCAGACGAAGUGAUUGUUAAAAAUCAGGUGUUUGAAAGCAUUUUUCAGAAGAUACUAUCAGAAACUGUCGAUGAAUAUAAAAGAACUGUGCUCAGUAAACCAAGUGAUGGAUCUGUGCCAUGA